AUGGAAUUUGUACUUGUAAUGCUUCAAAACAGUGGGCAAUGGAUUGAAAACAAAUAUAUAGAUUUUGAAGUUGUUGGAAUGAUGAUACAACAAGAUACAACAUAUUCAAAACUACUGGAAUCAAUAUAUAAUGAGCUGAAAUUGAACCUACAAGAACAAAAAAUUGAUAUCAAGUAUCAAGUUAAGGUUCAAUAUCCACCAUUAAAGAUUGUUGAUGAUUCGAGCUUCAAGUUUUACAUGGAAACCAAGAAAAAUGAGAAAGACUUCACCAUGUACCCUCUUUCCAUAGUUGUUCAUAGUGAUACAUUACUGAUACAAGCUCACCAACAGAGUUCAAAAAGUAUUUCCACAGGUAUUUCAUAUUCAAAUUACACUAACAAUCAUUCUGUUACAGAAAUGGACACAGAUACAUCUCCGAUACAGAUACCAUACAGCUCCGAUACUUACUCAAAAAUAAGAAAGUAUGCUACUCUUCUUGCAAAGGACAGUGUUGAAACCAGCAACAUCAAGGAAAAAGAAAUAGACACAGAGGACAAGGAUGUACAAAUAAUGAGUGAUCCAGUACAAGAAAUUGAAUUGAAGGUAGGUCAAUCUUUCAAAAACAAGGCAGUUCUACAAACAUACAUGAGAUUUCAUGCAAUCCGUCAUCACUAUCAACAAAGGACACUAAAAUCAUGUCAAAGGCAGCUUCUACUCAGGUGUAUCAAUGACACAUGUAAUUGGUAUCUGAAAGCUUCAAGCAGUGGAAAAAUAAAAUUGUUCAUCAUUUGGAAUCUGAACAUGAAACACACAUGUCCUGUCGAUACAAGAUUUAACAGUCAAAGGCAAGCUUCAUCAUCGCACAUUGCUGAAUCCAUCAAGCAUAAAUUUCUUAAUGUUAAAUCAAAAUACACACCUACAGAUAUCAAAAAUGAUUUAGAGAUGAUCGAUGGGGUCAAGAUCAGUUAUAUGAUGGCUUAUAGAUCAAGAGAAAAGGCAUUCGAAAUGCUACGGGGCAAGCCAUCAGAAUCUUACAAGUUCCUACCAACGUUUCUAUAUAUGCAAGCAACGAAAAAUCCAGGAACAUUAAUAGACAUCGAGCACUGCAGUCCCAUUAUGAUUGUUGACGGAACGUUCUUGAAAGCGGCAUAUGGCGGCACCCUUCUAGUUGCAACAGCCCAAGAUGCUGCAGGAAAGCUUUUUUCUUUAGCUUUUGCUAUUGUAGAUUCAGAAAAUGGCAAAUCGUGGGAGUAUUUUUUCACACAAAUAAGAAAUGCAUUUGGCUGGAGAGAAGGUAUGUGUAUUGUAUCAGAUAGGCAUCUGAGCAUUGAUAAAGCUGCAGCGAAGGUUUAUCCAGAGGCUCAACAUUGUGUUUGCAUGUUUCACCUUCUGAAUAACAUCAAGAUGAAUUUCAAGAAAAAUGCAAAAAAUAUUAAAGAGCCAUUCUUUGGAGCAGCAAAAGCAUACACGGAGAAGGACUUCAAUUAUCACAUGAAGGAACUAGAUGAACUAGAUGCACGAAUCAGGCCGUAUCUUGAAGGUAUCGGUAACAAAAGAUGGUCGAGGUUCUACGUGAGAACAACAGGUAUAAGACAAUGA